AUGGAUGUUUUCAGGUUUCACCAGUACCAGGUUGUCGGAAGAGCUCUCCCAACAGAGAAGGAAGUGCAACCUAAGAUUUACAGGAUGAAGCUUUGGGCAACGAACGAGGUUCGUGCCAUGUCCAAGUUCUGGUACUUCUUGAGGAAGCAGGUGAAGAUUAAGAAAAGCAAUGGUCAGAUGCUUGCCAUCAACGAGAUCUUUGAGAAGAACCCAACGACGAUCAAGAACUUUGGAAUCUGGCUUAGAUACCAGAGCCGUACAGGUUACCAUAACAUGUACAAGGAGUUCCGUGACACGACUUUGAACGGAGCAGUGGAGCAAAUGUACACCGAGAUGGCUUCGAGGCACAGAGUCAGGUUCCCUUGUAUUCAGAUCAUCAAGACAGCCACUGUACCAGCAGCUUUGUGCAAGAGAGAGAGCACGAAGCAGUUUCACAAUAGCAAGAUCAAGUUCCCUUUGGUCUACAAGAAGGUUAGACCUCCCAGCAGGAAGCUCAAGACUACCUACAAGGCCUCUAAGCCCAACUUGUUUAUGUAAAUGCUCUCUUGAAGCUAUUGAAACGUUUCAGACUACUUUUGAGGAUCCAAACUCGUUAGUACUUUUUCGUAUUAUUAUUAUUAUUAUUUUUUUUUGGGCAACCGUAUUAUUAUUGGAUUAUAUUAUUUUCUAUGCUGGAUAUUUUUGAUUGUCGUCUUUGGUUGGCAGCGAGACUUAAUAAUAUUAUAGAAC